UGCGCAGUGACGUUAAAGUGUCAGAACCAACGUCUGUUUUGUUUGUGUGGACCUCGGGGACACGGCGAGGCGGCCAGCGUCCCGUUCGUGCGGUCGUUUACACCGGGCUUUUAACCGAACCGACAGCCGGAUAAGCUACAAUGGGUGCCGGCCCGAGCACCGAGGCCGAGAGGGAGCCGCUCCUCGCGCCCAGCCAGGCGGAGGCGACCAGCCCGCCGGUGAACAGCAGGGUGUACGCGAGAAGAUGGCUGGUUCUGACCCUGUUCUCCCUGCUGGGACUCAUCCAGGGGAUGGUGUGGAACUUCUGGGGCCCUAUCCAGAACUCUGCUGCUCAAGCCUACGGCUUCACCAAGUCCGACAUCGCGGUUCUGGUGCUGUGGGGCCCGGUGGGAUUCAUUCCCUGGCUGCUGUUCAUGUGGUUAAUGGAUAAGAAAGGUUUACGGGCGUCCCUUCUGCUGUCUGCAUUCUUCAUGCUGCUGGGAUCCGCUCUACGCAGCAUCCCGCUGUCACAACAGCCUCUGCGGAGAUGGGUUAUUCAUGGAGGUCAGUUACUGAACGGCUUAGCCGGCCCCACCAUAAUGAGUGCUGGCCCCUACCUCUCCACCACGUGGUUCGCGCCCGACCAGAGAGCCACUGCGACAGCCGUGGCGUCGCUCUUCUCCUACCUGGGAGGUGCUGCUUCAUUCGUAGUGGGACCCCUGGUUGUGCCAGCUCCCAACGAAACAGCGACCAUCACUGCAGCACCGGUGUCCGACAGCUUCAUCAGAGACAGGAUCCAGCUGGUUAUGUAUGCGGAGUUGGCUGCAAUUGCUGUGCUUUUUGCGGCAAUCCUGCUCUAUUUCCCGUCACGCCCACCGAUCCCUCCGAGCGUGGCUGCUGCCAGCCAGCGACUGAGCUACCGGAGCAGCAUCUGCAGACUUCUCAGUAACCUGCGUUUCCUGAUGAUAGCUCUGGCCUAUGCAGUCCCCACUGGCGUGAUUGCCGGCUGGACGGGAGUCCUUGACAUGGUCCUUACGCCUGCAAAAGUCAGCCAGGUGGAUGCUGGCUGGAUUGGUUUUUGGUCAACUGUCGGCGGAUGUGUGUUUGGAGUAGCGAUGGCCCGGUUUGCAGACUCUAUCCGGGGGAUGCUGAAGCUGAUCCUGGUGCUGAUGCUGGCAGGAGCCUCGCUGGCCUCUACCUGGUUCACUCUCACCUGUCUGAGCCGAGUCACUCACCUCCCCUCCACUGCAGCCAUUCUGUACACUUCCUGCAUCCUCGUGGGCAUAUUCAUCAACAGCAGCGUGCCAAUAUUUUUCGAGCUCUUCGUCGAGACGGUCUAUCCGGUCCCUGAAGGCAUCACCUGUGGAGUGGUCACUUUCCUUGGGAACCUGUUUACUGGGCUGCUCCUUUUCUUUCUCACCUUUUACUGCACAGAUCUGUCGUGGAUCAACUGGUGUCUAACUGGCUCCUGCCUCUUCAGCCUCGUCCUCAUCCUCCUGUUCAGGGAGUCCUACGACCGCCUCUACCUGGACGUGUUUGUCUCCGUCUGACGGCGCCGCGGACCGGACCUGAUGCGACCCAAUGACUAAACUGAGAAAUAAUUUGUGCACAAAGAGGGGAAAAGGGAGACGAUGGGCAAGUGGAAGACCAGACACUCGUAUUUUAGGAUAUUGGUGUAAAUACAGUAUAUGUUGGGACGCUGGUGUUGAGAGAGUUGCUAUAAAAUGACUGCCAUGAAGAACCACAGAGCAAUUGUACAUCAGUGUUUACUUGACUUAAUGCAACUGUCAAACACGUAAUGACCAGUUUUUAGAUGUUAAUAUUUGUUAGUAGGUAAAUAAACAUUUGUUAGCGUUUUUUUUUUUUUUUUUUUUUUUAAGUUCUCAGUGUCAACCUGUGUCGCUGCUCAUUAACUUUGCUCAGAUGUGUCUAAAGUGAACUGGACUGUGGCUCAUUAUCCUCCAACGUGGAACUGGAGCCCCGUGAGCCAAUCAGCAGGCGCCAGGAGGCUUCGCUGGCCGGACGCCGUCGCCUCACCUGCCAUGAGGGGUCCUGAUCAGUGUCCUCGGCCUCUCCAGGUGAUGAAGCCACAGGUGGUAGCAGCAGCCGAGGAGGAGAGUGGACAAACCCGCACUUUCUCACCAGGAGCUGCCGUUGAUUAAGGAUCAGUUAAAACUUCUGUUAACGGUUCAAAAUGUGUCCAUAUCUGUGAUUUGCUUUUAAGUACGAUGUUGGUUUGUUUGCGUCUUUGUUUUUUAACCCUUCGUUCUGCCUGCCGAUAUUUAUUGGAAUCUCAACACUAACACUGUUAUGGGAUGUUUGGGGACGACCGCCGCUGAAAGGAGAUGAUUUUAUCAGCCAGACGUGUUCGUGCCGGCGACGCUGCUGUUCCUCCCCACACCAGCAGGUGUCUCUGCUCCAUCUCAGAGUCUAAUGAGGGAAAAAAGCAUUUAGGGAAAUAGAAAGUUGCCAGUUUCUUUCGCUCCUCGACUGAUGAAAGCGGAGCGGCGACAGAAGCCCGUUUUAAAUGUGGAGGAACACGAGCACAAAGGCAAACACGGCGCAGCUGUCGCGUUUCUUCUACUUGUUCAGGGUGUUUUUGUGUCUUUGUCUUGCACAGUAGCGAUAAGACGCAUUAAAUGUGGGUUCCUCUGGGUUUGAGGGCGUCUAAAACGUAUUGGGUGCUCGGUUGUUUUUCUCUCCUUGUACAGAAACCUCUCUUACCUUUUGACGUGUGGCCUUAAUGCCCGGUGCAGUGCGUUCAGCCUCUCUCUCCUCCACACUGUGACUAUUUUGUCUUUAUAUAUUGUUAAAGGUCAUGUUCUUCUCUUCUGCAGCUCACACUCUUCUUAAUAUUCUUGGCCUGUGGAAAGAAAAAAGAACAAAUGUGACUGUUGAAUAUUUUUGGCACCUUAUUAAAAUGAGCAUUUUAAGAAUAA